AUGACCCUCUCAUUUGCCGUUACGAGCCGCAGUUCUAUUGCUAAGGUAGGUUAAUAUACUGAAAUAGAUUGUUUUUGGUGGUUUUGAGCUGGUUUUUGUGAUUUUUAUGAAAGUUUAGGUAAUAUAUAGCGUUUUUGUUUAAACUUUAGGGCAUUUUGGGCAGGUUUUUUGAUAUUUUUUGUUAGGUAAAAAGUUGCCUGUAACGUCAAGUUUUAGUUAAUACUUUGUCUAAAACAGUAAGGUUUAGCUAAUAUCAUGUUUAUAACAACAUUUUUUUCAGUCUGUCGAGUCAGAGAAUACUGAACACCAAGUCUUCACAAGAAUACCACCAUUCUCCAUCACCAAAGGCAAAGUCUACGUCAAGUGGAAGCCAAAAACCAGACAAACCUUGUCGGUUGAUGUGAAUAAUGACCGUUAUGUUCUACGUUUAUUAUUCUUUUGGAUCUUAUUAUCAUUCUUUGCUUUUAUUUCAAUAAUUUUCGACUUUUUGUAUAAGGGAUUUGACUUUCGAUUCACUUUUUGACCUGUAAUUAUUAAUAAACAAAGGAUUUUGUUGUUAUUGGCUUGACUAUAGUGGUUUUAACCUGGUAUUAGUAGUGCUGACUUGUUUUUGUUUGGUUUUUUUGUUUUUAAUGUAGAUAUUGAUGUUGUUUUAGGCUUACCUUGUGGUAUGCUUUGGAGAGGUGUAAAUAUAUUAAUGGUUUUCGACUUUUUUGGAAAGAAUGUGAAAUUUAAAUGAAAUGGGCGUUUUUUGGAAAGUUUUUGUUUUUGGAAAGAAAGUUCUUGUUAUUUACUUAAUUUCUAAAAGAUUUGGUUGAAGUUUGAUUUGAAAUGUUAAAAAUUGCAAAAACUUUCUUUACAAAACGUUAAAUGGCAGGAACUUUCUUUACAAGGUGAAAAAUGACGAGAACUUUCUUUAAAAAACAAAAAUGACAGGAACUUUACUUACAAGACAUAAAAUGGCAAGAACUUUGUUUACACUUAUUAAAAUAAAAUUGGUUUGCUCUAUGAUCAAAGUUUCAGGUACCCAACUGAAAGUCAUGCGUUCUCGAGCACAAUCAAGACAAAGAGACCACACACCAUCUAGAGACGAACGAAUUCAAUGGCUUCAAGAGGCAAGAGCUGCAUAUUCUGUUGGGUGAGUUUAUAUUGAUAUUUUAUGUUUUUUGAAAGGAAAAUGACAAGAACUUUUUUUACACUCUGAAGAAUGGCAAGAGCUUUGUUUACAUGGUCGAAAACAGGAAGAACUUUCUUUACAAAACAAGAAAUGGCAAUAACUUUCUUUACAAAACAAAAAAUGUCAAGAACUUAUACUAUUAGUCGUUUUUCAGGCCCACCGCUCGAUCCAGAGCGAAGUCCCAGUCUCCAGCACGAAGCAAGCUGGGUACUACCACUCCCCAGAAGCGACAAAAUAUGUUUCAACGAUCGUCGUUUGACGAUGACUAUGAUCAAUCCGAUGUCAAUGUGGGUAGGCUGGAGGUAGGAUGAUCAGGGUUGGACGCAGGGCGGGGCAUGGAAUUGAAAUGCUCUGUAUUGGGCAGGGCACUGAGCAUAAGCUUGAAAUGUAUCGAGCAGGGCAUGGUAAAUCAUCAAUGUUUUGAUGUUCAUGUUCAGGUGUUGGUACAAAUUUUUUUGAAAAAUUUUUUAAAAAUUUAAAAAUGGCCAGAGAAUGCCAAAAAAUGUCAUAAAUUUAAAAUUUUUUGAACUUUCAGGCCGAAUUCUUGAACUUGGACCUAAAGCAAGUCGAAUAA